GGGCCCCGCGCCCAAGAUGUGCAGCCGGGACAGGGGCAGCGGCCGCAGCAUCCGCUCCGCGGGGGCAAAGAGGGACGGGCUCGGGCGCAGUCGCCGUCCUUCGCCGGCCACUCAGCUCUCCUGACCUGCCUGCUGCCGUCCGUCCCCCCACUCGGCGCACCCCCAAAGAAUGUCCGCCAAGUCUAAGGGGACCACCUCCUCCUCCGCCACCUCCUCGUCCGUGUCCUCUCCAGCCGAAGGGCCGCCGGCGCCGGCCGCUGGAGCCUCCAAAGCCAAGGUGAAGGAGCAGAUCAAGAUAAUCGUGGACGACUUGGAAUUAGUCCUGGGGGACCUGAAGGACGUGGCCAAGGAACUGAAGGAGGUGGUUGACCAGAUUGAUACCCUGACAUCGGAUCUGCAGCUGGAGGAUGAGAUGACUGACAGUUCCAAAACAGACACAUUGAACAGUAGCUCAAGUAGCACAACGGCAUCCAGUUUGGAAAAGGUGAAGGUGCGAGCCAAUGCGCCACUCAUCAGACCCCCAGCCCACCCAUCUGCCAUUCUCACAGUGCUAAGGAAGCCCAAUCCACCACCGCCACCUCCACGAUUGACUCCUGUGAAGUGUGAAGACUCUCACCGGCCAGUUAUCCCUGCCAACCCUGUAAAAACUAAUGGGACACUAUUACGAAAUGGAAGUUUACCGGGAGGACCAAAUAAAAUUCCAAAUGGUGAUAUAUGUUGUAUACCUAAUAGUAACUUGGACAAAGUUCCGAUGCAACCUCUGAUACACAGAUCUGAGAAAGACAGGUGUCCUCAGCCUGGAACACGAGAACGGGUACGAUUUAGUGAAAAGGUGCAGUACCAUGGCUAUUGUGCUGAUUGUGAUGUUCGGUAUAAUAUUAAAAAUAGGGAGGUUCACUUGCACAGUGAACCUGCCCAUGUGCCAGGAAAGCUCCCUCACCAAUGUCCUCCCUUACCACCACCUCCUCCUCCGCUUCCUCCUUUUCCAUUAGAAAAUGGAGGAGUGGGAAUCAGCCCCAGUAGUAGCUUUCCUCCUCUCAGACCUGCAACUGUGCCUCCACCAACUGCACCAAAACCCCAGAAGACCAUUUUGAGGAAAUCAACCACUACAACAGUGUGACAGAUCCUGCCUGGAAAACUGUUCAUUUUUCUUACAUAUAAACAUGGAAAAGAUAACGAGCACUUUCUACUCAAGCAAUAAAAAGCCCAAAUAUAUUACACCCUUUCUUCUGUGAAGUGGCAUAAAAAGAAUGUGCUCUUCAGACUGGAAGGGUUAUCAACAUUUGGAAGUACGUUAACCAGUUUCUCCCAUGACAGCUUGACAGUGCAACUUCUUCCAGGCCAUCUUUGAUAAUAACAUCGGGGGCCCUUCUCAGAGCAUGAAAACCCUUGAGCCAGAGCACAAGCAAUCACUGGUGAAAUCUGCAUUAAACCACUGGCCUCAUAUCCAGUAACUAUGAGCUGAGUCCUGACAAAAGCCACAGCCUUAAGUACCACUUGCUCUGACAGAGGAAGAAAGAGGAGUUACUUUCUUGCCCUAUCACAGAAACAGCCAACUCCAAGGUCUGCUAUUGAAGAAAUCCAGUGCUAAGAAAUCGAGGACACUCAGCAGUAAUCACAUGGGUCCAGCCUGUGCCCAAAAUGUGUUUAAAUAUAUGUAGCUAAUUGAAGAUGUAAGCACUUAAAUGACUCUGGAGAAAUCAAUGCUUUUAUUCCUAAGAAAAGAUGAUCACCGUGGGUGGAAAGAUAAGAUCACUGUUGUCCCAUGUGCAAAUUCAAAGCCAUAGAAGAAAAGAGGACUGAUGAUACUAAAAUGCUUGGAAAUAUAUUGUUUCCUGUCCUCUGCUGAAAUAUUCAGCUGUUACAGAUUGCAUCUCAAUGCACUUCUAAUAUUUGCACUGUCACGUCCAUUCAGGGGAAUGAUGUAGGCCAUCAUUUGCACAGAUGGUCGCAUGAAAUUUUAGCCCACAUGAAGAUAUACCUUGAGGGGCUUCUAGAGAGAAUGAAAUAAAAUACAUCUACAAAGUGAAGAAAACAUAAUGCCCUUCUGUCCCUCGCAGAGUUCUUUCCCACAAGGCAAAUUGUUGCUCCUUGAGACUGAAAUGUUAAAAAGCAUCAACAGGCUAACAUGGAUUUUAGAAUGGAUCUAAUUUUUAAUACAUUUUUGUAUCAUUGUAACAGCAAAGAAAAGGAACAGUACAACUCACAUGUUCCUAAUGAACAUUAACAGUAUCCUCCCAAGGAAGAGAGGAAAAAAAACAAAACAAAAAAACAUUUGUAUACGUAUUUGACACAUAACAUUUUUAUAGUCAAUUAUCUGUCCUUCAUGGAAAAUGUACCAGCUAAACCGGCAUUUUCAGUUUAUUUUUCUAAAUAAAUGUUGUGUUUGUAUCAUUUGCAAUCAAUUAGUUUUGCAGAUUUUCAUUAUUCACAUAUGUUCUGCCAUUUUUACCCUUCUUCACCAAAAAAGGGGAGAUUUAAAGACAAGAACCAAAACGCUUGUUUUGCCAUGUUAAAUCAUAAUGAUUUGCAGAAUGAAAGCUUUAAUAUAAAAUGUUGUUUGUAGAAUUAUAAAGUAUAUUUCUACUGGAAAAUAUGUAUGGAAACUCAGAGAAAGGCUGUAUUUUAAUCUUUAAUUUCAAUAUAUAGGUUAUUUUUAAUAUUCCCAAGGAAAUAUUUAGUUAUGUAGUUUGUUUGAAUAUUUUGAUCCAGAAGUGGAUAGAGCCUUCAACAAAGCCACAUCAAAAAUUAUGAACCUGUAUGUACAUAAUGUAUGGUGUGUGCUUGGUCUCUGCAGAGUCAAAAGACUCGCAGGGUCAUAAUGCCGUUGACACUGAUAUGUAGCCCAAAGAGCAGAACUUACAUGGACUGCUUCUGCUCCACGUUUGCUAGAUGCAUGCCUGAACAACAGGGCACUGUGCUGCAAGGGAAGCUAUUUUUCCAGUGCAAUCCAACAGGGCAUCUCAUCGUUUGGUCAGCCCUUUUGAGCAAAACAAUCAUGGCAUGCCACUUAGUGGGAGUAGGAAUGGGAUCGGAAUGGCUGGAUCAGUGGCCAAGUAGCCUGCUGACCCUGCAUGCUGCUCGUUGCAUGAAAUGAGUUGUCAGUGUUGAUUGGUUUACUCUGUCCCAGCUCCCAGAGUGCUGUUGGAAGAAUUCAGAUCGCUGAGAAGAGCGGCUGCAUAGAUACAGCACAGACUGCUGUUUCCUGUUUGGUCCAACAGUUGUGACUGGAUGUUACACACUUGCACUUCCUGCCACUGUUACAGAAGAGCAGGAUGAAGCCUGUGAUGGGCCAAUCAUUUCCAUGACUAGAAUGAGUGCAAAGCCAUGAUUAAAUGCACAUGUUGCACUGAUUUUGCUUCUUUUGGAAUGAUUGCAAAUAGCUUAAUGGACAUUUCUGAACCUUCUGAACAUUUCAGUUAAUGCCAGCACUUUCCCAAGAGAUGCUCCUGAAUGUGGUCAGUGCAAUUUAGAAAGUGGGAGAAAAACGAAUAUUAAAAUCAAGUUAUAAAAUUCAAAUACCAAUCCGAGUCAAAGUUAUUAAUAACAAUUUGGAUACGAAAACUUUGGAGUCUUUCUACAUGUGUUUAAUCUUUCAAACACAUGCAUCUUGCGCAUUUUAAUAUAUAGUUAUUUCCAUCACAGUCUUCUCUCCAUAAUAAAGAGGGCUACAAGCUUACUUUUUUAAAUGUAAAAUCUGGGAAUCUCAGGAUUCUAACAAAUGUCCCCUGAUCACAAAAUCAUAAGGAAGGGCUCUCUGCAGCCAUGUUGCUAUAUGUUGCUCAUCUCUGCUUUAGAUUGCAGAAGCUAAAAAAACUUCCAGUGUGCUCUGAUUCCUAAACUCACAUGACACAUCAUAUUGGGUUUUUUUAACAUUACAGGGAUUUCUUUACAAAAUGUAACAUGUAGUACUGUUAAGAUGCCAUUGUUGGAGUCUGAGGUAAUCUGGAUUAAAAAAACAAAAAUAGAAAUUGUCGGAUAAGUCUCACCCAUAGUCUGCAAGCAGUCACUGUAUCCAUCCAAUGCAGUAUUUUGUUAUUAUCAGCUCAUAGAUUCCUUUGAUGCUAGAGUUGUUUUAAAU